CCUGUAGGCGGAAUCUUUGUGGGAGUGCGGGAAGGCAGCGGCACCUUUCUUAGGAUGCUGCGGGUGGAGCUAGAACAUUCCUGAGUGUAGGGGCAGCAAAUAGGAGUGGGGUUCGAACUGUAUUGACUGUGGGGUUAUAAGACGUUUGUGAAACUCCUGGGAAAGAGGCAUAUGUAGACUGCUAACGGGGAUGUGGGCGGCGCCGGAAUGGGCACAGGGAGUUGGGCCUAGAACUUUCUUGUGCAGGUUGGGGCAGAGGCCCUACCUAAGCUCUCCUGGGAUAGAGGCCCUGGUUUAAACUCCCAGCACAGAGGUGUGGAGACUGACCUAGAAUUUCCGUUUUGAAGGGAGCAGUAUGGGAUGUUUUCCUAAGUGGUGGGGCGGGACCAGAACUUUUCCAAGGAACCCCGAGUGCUGUGUCCAGAUUCUGCAGGGAAGGUUUGCUGGGACCCUGGUCCCAUCCUGCCAGCGGAAUGUCGGCCACACUGGAUCUGAAAUCGAAGGAGGAGAAGGAUGCUGAGCUAGAUAAGAGGAUCGAGGCUCUUCGGCGGAAGAAUGAGGCCCUCAUCCGGCGCUACCAGGAGAUUGAGGAGGACCGUAAAAAAGCUGAACUCGAGGGAGUAGCGGUGACAGCUCCCCGGAAGGGCCGCUCAGUGGAGAAGGAGAAUGUGGCAAUGGAAAUGGAGAAGAACCUGGGUCCCUCCCGGAGGUCUCCUGGGACCCCUCGGCCCCCAGGGGCCAGCAAGGGAGGCCGGAUCCCCCUUCAGCAUGGAGGCCGGGCAGGCAUGGGCCGGGCAGGCAUGGGCCGGUCAUCCCGCAGCUGGGAAGACAGUCCCGGGGAGCAGCCUCGAGGAGGAGCUGGGGGCCGCGGCCGGAGGGGUCGGGCCAGGGGGUCCCCUCAUCUCUCUGGAACUGGAGAUGCCUCAACUGCCGACCGCAAAUCCAAGGAGUGGGAGGAGCGGCGCAAGCAGAACAUUGAGAAGAUGAAUGAAGAGAUGGAGAAGAUUGCAGAGUACGAGCGCAACCAGCGGGAAGGCGUGCUGGAGCCCAACCCAGUGCGGAACUUCCUGGACGACCCCCGGCGACGCAGCGGGCCCCUGGAGGAGCCUGAGCGGGACCGUCGGGAAGGCAGCCGCCGGCACGGGCGCAACUGGGGGGGCCCCGACUUCGAGCGGGUGCGUUGCGGCCUCGAGCAGGAGCGGCAGGGCCGCCGGGCCGGCCUGGGUGGCGCUGGGGACAUGACGCUCUCCAUGACGGGCCGAGAGCGGUCCGAGUACCUGCGCUGGAAGCAGGAGCGGGAGAAGAUCGACCAGGAGCGGCUGCAGCGGCACCGCAAGCCCACCGGCCAGUGGCGGAGGGAGUGGGAUGCUGAGAAGACUGAUGGCAUGAAACAUCCCGUUAGUCAAACUGAAAGCAGAGGCAUCAUCCACAGGAGCACUGACUUCCACAGCGAAGACAGAGAGGUUCUGGAAGAGCCGCCAACGGCAGUCUUAAGGUUCAAGGAUGGCCCAGCCGUGGCCCUGGAACCAUCCCACCGCUAUGAUGACCAGGCCUGGGCCCGGCCUCCCAAGCCCCCCACUUUCAGGGAAUUCCUGUCCCAGCACAAAACUGAGGUCAGCCGUAGAAAGAGGAAGAGCGGCCGACCUCAGGCCAAGGCAGCCCCCCGUGCCUACAGUGACCACGAUGACCGCUGGGAGACGCAGGAGGCAGUGUCCGCAGCCCCUGAGCCCACACAGCCCUCUACCCCUGAGGAGGCGCCCAUGCAGCCGCCCGAGAGCCCGGCCCCUGCCCAUCAGCCUCCCGAGGACGAGGACGAGGGUGAGGAGGGCGAGGGCCAGGAGGGCGAGGGUGAUGACGGGGAGGCCGAGGAGUGGGAAGACAUGAGUGAGGAUGCGGAGGAGGAAGAGGUCGAGGAAGAAGAAGAGGCUGAUGAGGAGGGAGAAGAACCAGCCCGGGACCACCGGCCCCACGAGCCUGAGCCCAGCGGGAGCCCCAGUGGGAGCCCCAGCGGAAGCCCCAGCGGGAGCCCCAGCAGGAGCCCCAGCGGGGAACGUGGCGACGAAGAGCCCGCCAGGCCGGAGGAGCCCCUGCCACUCCCCCAGGCCCCUGCCACACCUUCCAGCCCCUUCUCGCCCACCGGGGGCCACCAGCCUGUGUCCGACUGGGGUGAAGAGAUGGAGCUGAAUUCUCCCCGGACCGCCCAUCCGGCUGACGCCCUCUCUCCGGGAGGUGACCAGCCAGCCCCUGCCUCCUUGAAGAGUGGGCCCAGCCUCCCAAGAACCCAGAAAGCUGAAGAGGAGGGGUCUGAGACAGCUCCAGAGGCGGACCCUGAGGGCCAGGAGACGGCGGAGAUCACCGACUUCCAGAGGGCCUCCCCGAAUUCCUGAAGACGCUGCUGGGAGGGGACUGAAGCUUCCCCGCCUUGAUGGGGAGGGGGAGGCAGGAGGGGCUUAGUCUGGAUCUCCGGGCUGUGCUCUCUCGUCCCCGGAGCCCACUCUGGACCCCAUGG